UAUAUUCACAAUUUGUAGGUAGUACAAGAACUGAAAAAUAAUUUUUGGUUGCCAGUAUACCUGUAGUCGUUGCACUGAUCAGUCGAUAGUUUUGUGAUAAAUUAUUUCUCAAGUGAAUUAAAUUAUUAACCAUGGGACGUGAUUCUAGAAAGGUUUCAAGAGAACUUCGGAGUUCUGAAAAAAUUAAUAAGUCGCGUUCAGUCAAAAGAAAGAAUGUUUUUAAUCCGAAAACAGCCGAACGUGAUGAAAGUAUUCAGAGUACAUCUUCUAAAAAAUUAAAACAAAACACUGAAGAUGAUGUACCUGAAGACAGCAGUACUGAAUUUCGAAUAAUAAAUUUUAUUCAGGUAUUCACUGCAAUUUCUGCUCUUAUAAAAUGUAAAAAAUGUGAUGGAAAUGUAGUGUUUCAAACAGCAAGUACACGUGGGCUGGGAUUCAAAAUUGUAGUUGCAUGUAAUAACUGUGGAAAUGAAUAUAUUCCUUCCUGUUCUUUCGUUGGGCAUUCUUAUGAAAUAAACAGACGUUUCAUUUUUGUAAUGAGAAUACUAGGAAUAGGAUACGAAGGAUUGUGCAAGUUUUGCGGCCUGAUGGACAUGCCGUCUUUUUUAGAUAAAUCUACGCAUACAAUUUUACUGAAACAGAUUUUGAAUUGUAGUAAAGCCGUCGCAGAAACCUUCAUGACGAAAGCUGUGAAUGAAGAAAAGCAAGCAAUGCCAACAACUGAAAAUGAAGAUAUAAAUCAUCUAACUGUAUCGGGAGAUGGAACCUGGCAAAAACGGGGAUAUACAUCGUCAUUUGGAGUUUCUUCUAUAAUUGGCUAUUUUACUGGAAAGAUUCUUGACAUAAACAUUAAAAGUGCAUAUUGUAAGCUAUGUGAGUAUUGGAAAAAAAAAACAAAUACUGUUGAGUUCGAGGAAUGGUAUCAAUCGCAUGAAGAUGUGUGUUCUGCUAAUCAUCAAGGGUCUUCUGGGAAAAUGGAGGUGGAUGCGAUGGUCGAAAUGUUUUCGUAUUCUGAAACUAAAUAUGGAGUUAAGUAUGCCAACUAUAUUGGUGAUGGUGACUCCAAGACCUAUUCAGGAAUUAUAAAAUCAGAUCCUUACGAAAAUACAACUGUAAAUAAAAAGGAAUGUAUAGGGCAUGUCCAAAAGCGGAUGGGGAGUCGAUUACGUACGCUGAAGAGUAAACAAAAAGGUCUUGGUGGUCGAGGUAAGCUCACAGGAAAAUUAAUAGACAAACUAACUGUGUACUAUGGUUUAGCAAUACGCCGGCAUUGUGAUUCUAUUGAAAAUAUGAAAUCUGCUAUAAUGGCAACCUUUUAUCACUACGGCUCGAGUGAUGAAAAACCGAAUCAUGAUAUGUGUCCAAAAGGCGAAGAAUCUUGGUGCUCUUACCAGCGCGCUGAAGCAAGAGGAGAGCUUGAUACCUUUUCUCACGAUUAUUCUCCUUUACCUUCUGAUGUUUUAAAAGCUAUCAAGCCUAUAUACGAAGAUCUUAGUAAUGAAAAUUUACUUUCAAGAUGUGUAGGUGGAUUCAAUCAGAAUAAUAAUGAAAGCUUUAACCAACUAGUAUGGAAAAUAUGCCCAAAAACGUCUUGAUGAAUACACUAGGACUUAAUUGUGGGCCUAAUUCUCAUCGGUAUGCAGAAAGAAUGGAUGCUGCACGUAUCAAAGUAGCAGAUAAGCGCGCUAAUGAUAACACCCGAGAAGGUCGAUUGCAACGUAGGCACCAGCAAAUCGAUAUUUUGGAAGCUGCUAUGUCGGCUGAAGAGCUAUUAUAUGGUCCAGGAAUAGAUGACUCAGUAUGAAUCUCCAAGGACUUAUGAUGAUCACCGCAAAGGACUUCGGGAGGAACGGGCUCUACAAAAACAGCGAUAACUUUUUGAAUUAUUAAUUUUUUUUUUUGAAAUUUUCGUGAAGUCAAAUCGAAACGUGUUCUAAUAAAGCUAUGUUUUUAUUUUUGUCAAAUAAAGUAAUUAACUACAAAAAAAAAAUUAUUGAAAAUCAUCAUUUUUU